ACCUUAAAAUGACUACGAGUCCCGAGGAGAAAGGAAAAAUCAUUGGGGAUCCUUUUGUCAAGAUUGCCAAUGAAGUAAUUGGAGAAAUGCACCUGAAACCAGAGGAGGUUUUCCUUGCCCAAGGUACUUUAUGGCCUGAUCUAAUUGAAAGUGCAUCCCUUGUUGCAAGUGGCAAAGCUGAACUCAUCAAAACCCAUUAUAAUGACACAGAGCUUAUCAGAAAGUUGAGAGAGGAGGGAAAAGUCAUAGAACCUCUGAAAGAUUUUCAUCAAGACGAAGUAAGGAUCUUAGGCAGAGAAUUUGGACUUCCGGAAGAGUUCGUUUCCAGGCAUCCAUUCCCAGGUCCGAGCCUGGCAAUCAGAGUAAUAUGUGCUGAGGAACCUUAUAUUUGUAAGGAUUUUCCUGAAACCAACAAUAUUUUGAAAAUAGUAGCUGAUUUUUCUGCAAGCGUUAUAAAGCCACAUACACUAUUACAGAGAGUCAAAGCCUGCACAACUGAAGAGGCUCAGGAGAAGCUGGUGCAAAUUACAAGUCUGCAUUCACCGAAUGCCUUCCCGCUACCAGUUAAAACUGUGGGUGUGCAGGGUGACUGUCGUUCUUCCAGUUAUGGGUGUGGAAUCUCCAGUAAGGAUGAGCCUGACUGGGAAUCUCCAAUUUUCCUGGCUAGACUUAUACCUCGCCUGUGUCACAACAUUAACAGAGUUGUCUAUAUAUUUGGCCCACCAGUUAAAGAACCUCCUACAGACGUUACCCCCACUUUCUUGACAACAGGGGUGCUCAGUACUUUACGCCAAGCUGAUUUUGAGGCCCAUAACGUUCUCAGGGAGUCUGGGUGUGCUGGGAAAAUCAGCCAGAUGCCGGUGAUUCUGACACCUUUACGUUUUGAUCGGGACCCACUUCAGAAGCAUCCUUCAUGCCAGAGAGCCAUGGUUAUUGGAACCUUUAUUACUAGUGAUUUCAUGACUGGUGUACCUGCAACCCUUGGCAAUGAGAUCCCUGUAGAGGUGGUGUUAAAGACGGUCACUGAGAUUAAGAAGAUUCCUGGUAUUUCUCAAAUUAUGUAUGACUUAACAUCAAAGCUCCCAGCAACUACUGAGUGAGAGUAAUAAACUUCUUGUUCUGCUCCAAAAAAAAAAAAAAAAAAAAAAAUGCCUGAAACUUCAGCAAUUGGUUCUCCCCUCAUUAGUAACCCUGAUACUCUUUGUAGCACAUACCUACCUCAGG